CCGGGUGAUUUACGAAACGGACUUGUUUUCUCGUUAGCUUUGUUUUAUAGAAUAAAAAUGAGAACCUAAAAAAAAUUUAAACGUAAUUUACGUUGACCUUCCGCAGGUCCUUUUGCCAGGAUGCCUCAUGCCAGUGCGAAGUCAAAGCAUGGCAGGAGGGCCCGAAGGCGACAUAGGGAGGACCCCGCCAGGAACGAGCUGCUCUCCUGUUCUUUAGAAAGUGCCCAGCAGUGCCUGUUUAACCAUGACUACGGGACUGCGUUUGUGCACUACCUCCUCGUCCUCAACCUGGCGCCCGAGUUUAAGAACUUUGCAAAGGAGUCGUUCAGAUUCACGCUGUUUAAAUGGACGGAAGAGCUGGAGUCUGUGGGACGCAUUCAGGAGCUCUUUGACUGUUAUGAACAAGCGUUGGAGCUUUUCCCUUCGGAUGAGGUUAUCCUGAACAGUAUGGGUGAACACCUGUUCAGAAUGGGAUUUCGAGAUGAAGCUGCGUGUCAUUUCCACAAAGCCCUGAAGGUGAGACCGGAGUACCCUGAAGCCAGGGAGAACUUCUAUCGUGUGGCCAACUGGCUGGUGGAGCGCUGGCAUUUCUUAAUGCUCAACGAUCACGGGAGGAACCGGAAGUACCAGCAGGCCAUUCAAAAAGCAGUCCAGAGCGGCUGCAGCACUGUACUUGAUAUAGGUACUGGCACUGGAAUCCUUGGCAUGUGUGCUAAGAAGGCCGGAGCCGCUGAAGUUUAUGCCUGUGAGCUGUCGAAGACGAUGUAUGACCUGGCCUGUGAGGUGGUGACCGCAAAUGGAAUGGACGGCAGCAUCAAGAUUCUUCAUAAAAAGUCUAUGGAGAUGGAAGUGCCCAAAGACAUCCCGCACAGGGUGUCUUUGGUGGUGACUGAGACAGUCGAUGCAGGUUUAUUUGGAGAAGGCAUCAUAGAGAGUCUGAUUCACGCCUGGCAACACCUACUACUACCUCCACAGAGAGGUGACGAUGAAUUUCAAGCACCACCUUCUGUGACCGGACGGGUCAUCCCAGCUGGAGCCACCAUGUUUGGAAUGGCCAUUGAGUGCGCAGAGAUCCGUAGGCAUCACAGACUUUGCGUGUCGGAGGUGGGUGGGUUGUCCUUGGCCGCAGCAGGACAGCUCUGCAGUCCAGUGAGCUGCAGCGCUGAACCCGAUGAUGCCACUGAGCCAUAUACUACAGAAAGACUCAUCAGAGUGCCAGGGGGGUAUAAACCUCUCACCAAUCCAUUCAGGGCCCUCAAUAUAGAUUUCAACAAUAUGCAGGAACUGGAAGGGUUGAGCUCCAGGAAGGUUCACCGAAUCCACCUACCUGUCACUGAGCAGGGGGAACUGGAUGCUUUGGCGGUGUGGUUCCAGCUCCACCUGGAUAAAGACAACUGUUUGUCUACUGGACCUGAGGAGGACACUUGCUGGGAACAAGCCAUCUACCCUGUGCACAGUAUCAAGGGUUUUUCCCUGAAACGUGGAGACGAGCUGAUUGUUGACAUCUCCUGUCAUGAUGCCUACUUGAGGCUCUAUACUGUUGCUGUAGUGAGAGAUGGACAUGAAAUCUAUUUGGACAAACAUCUGGAGUAUCGCCGUACAGAAAGCUCCAUUUGUAACUCAAACCCGGAAGCCGAACUCUGCAGUGCUUUAGCAUGUCUCCAAACAGACCGGAAUCGAGGCACAGACUUCUGUUUGCUAGAGUGUUCAGAAAUGGCACUCUUGAACAAUAAAGAUUACCACCAGAGUUUCCGGAAUGCACUCUCCAGACUCAUCUCCCAGCUGAAAGUCGCUCGCCAAAACCAAGAGCGGGGGUCUGGUGUCCAAUCUGACGGACUCUCCACUGACUGCCAUGAUCUGUUCUAUGUACUAGAUGUGUCUGAGGGCUUCUCGCUACUCUCACUCAUUGCUGCGAGCCAAGGUGAUGUAAAAGCCUUUAGCUCUGUGGAAAAGACCAAGCAGCAGGAGGUUCUAAAGAGAAUGGCUUUAUCCAGUAAUAUCCCCAAGCAGAACCUUGAGUUCUGGCUCAAUAAUGUGGAUGGCGAGCAAGCGAUGCUCCAGAGGCCUUCCAAGGAAAAGCUGUGGAGUGCUAUCAUCCUGGACUGUAUAGAAACCUGUGGCUUGAUCAGACAGAAACUGAUGGAGAAAGCCUCCCUGGCCAGGUGUCUGCUGGAGGAAGGAGGGCGCAUUUUCCCAGAGCGGAUCGUAAUAUAUGGAGUACUGGUGGAGUCAGACACGCUGCUGAUGGAAAGUGCCGUCCAGGGUCUGGAACCGACGCUGGGGUUCAAUAUUGCUCCCUUCAUUAACCAGUUUACUGUCCCAGUUCACGUGUUUCUGGACUUUUCCACGCUGGACUGCAGACAUCUCAGCGAAUCUGUCGAGCUCUUUGCGCUUGACCUUACUGACGCAACUGCAAACUACACAAACCGAGAAAUCAAGGUCCAGGCUACUUUAGCGGGCAGAAUAACUGCAAUCCCCUUUUGGUAUCAAGUUCACCUGGAUCAGGAAAUCAGUGUCAGCACCCUCAGCCAGAACUCACACUGGAAGCAGGCAGCUGUGGUGCUGCAGCAGCCCCUGGAUGUGCGAGCCAGGGACUGUGUUCGCCUCAGUGUCAUGCUCCACAAGAGCACCAUCUCCAUGUCAGCCUGCAUAGAUAAUACCACGGAGUAACCGCCAUUUUAUUACAGUGAUGCUGUUAGACUUGUUUUGAUAAACUCAUAGUAAGACAUUUCUAACUAUAUUUAUGAAAAAUAUAUAACUAUUAACUAUAAUCAGUUUUGUAAAAAAAAAAACAAAAAACUUGCUGUAUUAAGUUUUUGAAAAAAGUGAAAAUUUCUUCAUAAAUACAAGACACAAUAACUGUAAGAUUUAUUAGACAUGAUUUAUUGAAGCUGUCAAUGGAUGGAAUUAAAACAUAGAUGUCUAAAAUGUGCUGAUGUAAUCCUGUCAGUUUUAUA